AUGGUGCGUGCCACGCAUGGCGUCACAGCGGGGACCUGGUACUUCGAGGUCAAGAUCGUGUACCUUGGUCCCACUGGCCACACCCGCCUUGGAUGGGCCACCAACAGGGCUGACAUCGAGACGCCCGUCGGCUAUGAUGCUUAUGGGUUUGGCUACCGUGACGUUGAUGGAGCCAAGGUGACUAAGGCUUGGAGGGACAAGUAUGCUGAUGAAGGGUACGGGGAAGGAGAUGUCUUGGGGUUCUACAUUUCUCUGCCUAAUGGGAAGCAGUAUGAACCGAAGCAACCUAACAAGGGAAUGCCUCUUCAUGUGCAAGUCCCCAAGAAGGCGCAGAAGACUCCGGAUCCUGUUCCUGGUAGUGAGAUAUGCUACUUUAAAAAUGGGGUAUGCCAAGGCAGUGCCUUCAAGGACAUACCUGGAGGGAGGUAUCACCCAGCCGCGUCGAUGUAUACAGAGCCUGGCGAGCCAGACUGCAUCAUCAAAUUCAACUUUGGGCCAAACUUUGAGUUCUUGCCACAGGAUUUUGGAGGCCUGCCAAUUCCUCAGCCAAUGAGCUUGGUGCCUCAUCAGGCGUAUGAAGUGAAGAAUGAGGGGCCUACUAAAAAUGCCAUCGUUGCUUAA